CCACCAAUCCACGAGUACGGGCAUGCUCCUCACACUGCGCUAACUCGAGGACGGCCAAACGUAUUCCAAAGACCAGAAAGUUGAACCUCAUCUGAGAAAGACUCAACAAUAGUACAACGAUGGACGCCUCGGAUAGGUCUGUGGAUUAUAGCAGGCACCCUCUGGUCAUGCUGAUCUCAGCGUUCUUCUGGGUCAUACUAUGGAUGCUGUCUUGUAUCAAAGCACUCGCUGCUUUUGUGACCAUCACCAUCCCGAGAUGGAUCUAUGCGAUAUUGUCUUAUUCCAUGACCCUGACGCUCAACUUCUGGUCCUUCGCUAUCAUGUUCGUGCUCUCGGCCGUUGCCCUAAACUACUGGAUCCGGUUCCGCUAUCUCAAUACAUAUACGAAGCUGAAGGAGCCUCCGCUGAUCAAGGCAGAUGCUCAGGAGCUCAAUCCGGAUGUCAACACACCAGAUCAUAUGUCCACUUUUCAUAAUUAUUUGGACGAGUUCUUGCAGGCAGUCCGAGUGUUUGGAUUUCUCGAGAAACCGGUAUUCCAUGAACUCGCAAGGCAUCUGCAGACACGACGACUCAUCGCGGGAGACACGUUGUCUUUGGACCAGGAUAAGAGCUUCUACUGCGUGAUCGACGGCUCCGUUCAGGUAUACGCACGAACAGGAUUACCAAGCGACGCAUCUCAACCGGGUGCAUGGGAUGAAGAGGAUAUGAAUGGCUACCAGCUAUUGAACGAAGUGGGCUCGGGAGGAAUGCUUUCCAGCUUGUUCACCAUCCUCAGUCUCUUCACCGAGAAUGUCAAGCUCAGUUGGCGAGAUGUAGAUAACGAAGAGUUCGAACCAGUGGGGCUUUCCACGGCAGGCCAGACGCCGCUGCGAAGUCACCCUCAAGAAUCUGACUCUGACGUCUCGAAUCUCGACCUGCCAUCCCCGGUGUCUAGGGCACGAAGGCCGUCGAUAUCGUCAUCUGGUUCGACCAUCCAUCCUGACGGCAUGACGUCUCCCCUCUACCGGUCCUCUUCAGCAGAAUUCUCACAACCGCAUUCAUCACGUCGCUCAUCAUCCGCUCACCCUCGUGCGAGCGCAAGUACGGGACAUGACAAUCAUUACAGUGUCGUUGCCCGCGCUGUAGAGGAUAGCAGUCUGGCUGUCAUCCCAGCAGAGGCAUUCCGUGGACUUACAAAGAAAUUCCCCAAAGCUACUGCCCAUAUCGUGCAAGUAAUCUUGACUCGAUUCUCGCGAGUGACUUUCAAUGCCGCACAUAACUACCUGGGUCUGACUACUGAGGUCCUUCGCACUGAGAAGGCUAUCAACGAACUUGCGUGUCAUCCACUACCGCAGGUGUUUUAUGAGAGCGGACUGAGGCAACUUCGGCAACGAUUUGACAGUGUCCCGCUCUCUGCGGAGUCAGAUACUGAGAGUGACUACUUCAGCCCGCCCUCAUCCUCGGAGAACUCCUCAAGAACGUCAUUACUGCCUCAGAACGUGCAAGACAAAGUCAAGGGUAGCUCUACGUACCAGCCACCGGCACUCAAAGGACAAACGCUGCGACAGAUGGUACAAGCUGGAGAUUUGCUCACUUCGACGGGACAGAUUGCGGAAUCUUCCGGGCCGCCGUCGCGUAGGAUGAGCACGCUCUAUGAUCCGCGUACAACUGCGCAGCCACGCGCCUCGCAUAUAAACGAGAACCAAAAUCGUAUUAGGCGAAUGUCUGCUGACGAAUUCGAUCUACGAGAGGAGGUAAUGUCCUGCAUAGCGAAAUCGAUCGGACUGCUGCAACCACCAAUCAGUGGCGAAGAUUCUGUCGAAACAUCACCUGUUCUAUCUCCUAGUGACACAAGAAGUGGGCCUCCGAAGUCUUCAUUUGGGUCGCUAACGUUGCUACAAAUGGGUGAUGAUACCGCGUCCAGCAUGACUGGGAUGUCCUCCACACUUAACGAUGAAGGACACAUGAGUGGCUUGGACAACGAGGUAGAGAUCCUGUUUUUCCCCGCAGGUUCAGUCCUGGCAAAAGCAGGAGAGCGAAAUACAGGUCUUUUCUAUGUUAUCGAGGGGUUCCUGGACAUUCUAUUACCACCUGCAAAGUCCUCUGCAGGUGGCGAGAAAACAGGAGCUCAAUCCCCAAGUGAGGAUGAGCAUCCAAUGCGGCCAAAGGCGGGACUGCAUAGGAGUGAUAGUAGACCUUGGAGCUCGGAUGUACCUAGAUCUGCUGCGCCUCUAAAUGGAGACUCUCGAAAGCCGCUCUUUACGAUCAAGCCUGGAGGUAUUGCAGGAUAUCUAUCUUCGUUGUGCCAGAUCGCGUCGUAUGUUGACAUUGUUGCCAAAACGGAUACCUAUGUGGGCUUUUUGCCAUCUCCGGCUCUUGACCGACUUCUGGAGAAGCGGCCAAUCGUCCUUUUGACGUUAGCGAAGCGUCUCAUCUCACUAUUGUCGCCUAUUGUCCUGCACAUUGAUGGAUCGCUGGACUGGAUGCAAGUCGACGCAGGCCAGGUGUUAUGGCGACCUAAUGAUACCAGUGAUAGCUUCUACAUAGUUAUCAAUGGUCGCCUCCGAGCCAUCGUCGAUAAGGAAGGAGGUGGGAUCAGCAUCCUCGCCGAGUAUGGUCAAGGCGACACGGUCGGGGAGUUGGAUGUGAUUACUGGUUCACCUCGAAGAAACACAGUACACGCAAUACGCGAUACCGAGCUUAUCAGGAUGCCUCGAACGCUAUUUAAUGCGAUUUCAUCUCGGAAUCCGCGGGCAACUGCUCAAAUUCUUCAGAUGAUUGCAUCUCGUGUCCGAACCGAGGUAGAAUCGUUCAAGAGCACUCCGAUGGAACUCUCGCGGAGCAAUACAAAUUUGAAGACCGUAGCAGUGCUACCCGUUUCACGCAAUGUCCCUUUGGAUGCUUUUGCUCGAAAGCUGCAUACAACUCUUGAGAGUAUCGGAGCGCCCACUUCUUACCUCAACCAGGCAUCCAUGUCCAACCACUUGGGUCGCCAUGCAUUUUCGAAGAUGGGCAAGCUCAAAGCUGCGGGUUGGCUCACGGAACAGGAGCAGAAAUACAGACUGAUUCUCUACGUCGCAGACUCCGCCGUGAGCAGUUCUUGGACGCAGACUUGCAUUCGUCAGGCAGACUGCGUGUUGGUAGUCGGUAUGGGAGAUGACCCCAGCAUUGGAGAAUAUGAACGUCUUCUACUCUCUUUGAAGACUACUGCCAGGAAGGAACUGAUCUUGUUGCAUCCCGAUCGGUCCGUCGUCCCAGGCUCCACUCGCCAAUGGUUGAAGAACCGACCUUGGGUCCAUCAACACUUCCAUGUGGAGUUACCGGGACUCAUGGCGUCCGUACCCAGGGCGGCCGCCGCUCACCAAGAUCCGGCGGCCAUUACAGCUUUGCGGACUCUCAGGGACAAAGUGCAAAGUGGCAUCAAAAAGUAUCGGCAAGGGACAAGUGAGCCCCGUCCGCAGCGCUCUCCACAUACUAGCGACUUCGCGCGGUUAGCAAGAAGACUUUGUGGAAAGUCGGUUGGUGUCGUUCUUGGCGGAGGAGGUGCACGCGGUAUUUCUCAUUUGGGUGUUCUGAGAGCACUAGAAGAGUCCGGUAUACCUAUUGACCUCAUCGGUGGUACCAGUAUGGGCGCAUUCGUGGGCGGUCUGUAUGCACGAGAGGGAGAUGCUAUCUCGAGCGCUGGACGAACAAAGCAGUUUAGCUCAAGAAUGGGGAACGUCUGGAGGAUGCUGUCCGAUGUGACAUAUCCAAUCGUGGCCUACACUACAGGACACGAGUUCAACAGGUCUAUCUAUAAGGCUUUCUACGAUCUUCACAUUGAAGACAUGUGGCUGCCGUUCUUCUGCAAUUCGACCAAUAUCAACACAUCACGAAUGGAGAUCCAUGAGACUGGCUUUGCCUGGAGAUUCAUCCGCGCAUCAAUGACGCUUGUAGGUCUUCUGCCUCCUUUGUGUGACAAUGGAAACAUGCUUGUGGACGGCGGAUACAUUGACAAUCUACCGGUGUCUGCCAUGUUAGCUAUGGGAGCGAGUGCUGUGAUUGCAUCCGACGUUGGCUCGCUCGACGACAACUCUCCUCGUAACUUUGGAGACUCUAUCUCAGGAUGGUGGCUUCUCAUCAAUCGCUGGAAUCCAUUUUCAAAUGCCAGAAACAUUCCUGCCAUCACUGAGUUGCAAAGUCGCCUUGCAUAUGUGUCAAGUGUGAAAACUCUGGAAGAAGUCAAGGUGAUGCCUGGAUGUCUCUAUAUGGGACUACCUGUGCAAGAGUUCGGCACCUUGCAAUUUGGCAGAUUUGAAGAGAUUCAGAAGAAGGGGUACGAAGCGGCGGUACAGCUCCUAGAAAAGUGGGGGGAAGAAGGACGCUUACCUUCUGCAUUCGUCGGAGAUGUGAGAGCUGCCCCGUCAGCAAAGACGAGAGGGAAAAGCGCUCGCCGAAACUCGAUAUGAACACAUUUAAGAAUACAUUUCGCCCAUAUACAUAGACGACUGUUUAUAGAUUAUUUCCCCA